CUAAAAAAGAUAAUAACAAGAGUAUUCAUAAUAAUGGCUAUGGCUAUUGGUUUAGCAAAUUAGCAUAACACAUAAGCCUUCUGCUCUGGUUUCUGUACAUAAUCAAAAUGAAAUAUUGACAAUGUUUAAAUGCUGGACAUAAUGAAUACCGGUACGUGAUAAUAAGAUUUCUUUCCAAAACCAUUAAACAACGGAUCAUGAGAUAUAUUCUAGUCUUUUUUGUGAGUGAACCUUUAUGAUUUGGAUUAAAAGAAAAUAGCAUAUUAUAAGUUAUCAGGGGAAUGACAAUGGCAGUUCACGGGACAACUCCUAAAAGGAAAGAGAUCUAUAAAUAUGAAGCUCCCUGGCCUCUCUACUCCAUGAAUUGGUCUGUUAGACCGGAUAGACGGUUCAGGUUGGCAUUGGGAAGCUUUGUGGAAGAAUAUAAUAAUAAAGUUCAAAUUGUUUCUCUCGAUGAGGACACGUCGGAUUUUAUUCCUAGAGGUACAUUCGAUCAUCCUUACCCUACCACAAAGAUUAUGUGGAUACCAGACAGUAAAGGAGUAUUUCCUGAUUUAUUAGCAACAAGUGGAGACUACCUAAGAAUAUGGAAGACUGAACCUGCCAUUGGGGAACCUACUCUCCUCGAAUGUAUUCUCAAUAAUAAUAAAAACUCUGACUUUUGUGCACCUUUGACGUCAUUCGAUUGGAAUGAAGUAGAUCCUAACCUUAUCGGUACUUCAAGUAUAGACACAACCUGCACAAUAUGGGGAUUGGAAACUUCACAGAUGGUGGGACGUGUGACUAUGGUUGCUGGUCAUGUAAAAACUCAGCUCAUCGCCCAUGACAAAGAAGUCUAUGACAUUGCUUUCAGUCGUGCUGGAGGCGGCAGAGACAUGUUUGCAUCAGUUGGCGCUGACGGCUCAGUGAGAAUGUUUGACCUGCGUCACUUGGAGCACUCCACCAUAAUCUACGAAGAUCCUCAACAUACACCUCUUCUGAGACUCGCCUGGAACAAGCAAGAUCCCAACUAUUUAGCGACUGUAGCCAUGGAUGCUUGCGAAGUUAUCAUUUUGGAUGUGAGAGUUCCUUGUACUCCUGUUGCUCGAUUGAACAAUCAUAGGGCCUGUGUCAAUGGAAUAGCAUGGGCUCCUCAUUCUUCCUGCCACAUUUGUACAGCAGGUGACGAUCACCAGGCACUCAUAUGGGAUAUUCAGAGAAUGCCAAGAGCAAUUGAAGAUCCCAUCCUCGCAUAUACAGCUGCCGAAGGCGAAAUCAAUCAAAUCCAAUGGGGAGCCACCCAACCAGACUGGAUUGCCAUCUGUUACAACAGAGCAUUAGAGAUUUUACGAGUCUGAUCAUUUUUAUACCUCAGGAUUUUUCUCAGCGCUGAAAUUCUUUCAUGUUAAUGGUGUCUCAAAUCGUUUUCAAGAAGCACUGGAAAUUGCGAAGCAACUUUCUUCAACUGAACACCUCGGUCGUUUUAGUGGUAAUAUCUAAAUACUGAUAAUUCUGUAAAUAUAGUGAUAUUCAUCGCGUGUAGUUUGUUAUGUUAGACGUACAGGGCAGUAUCUAUGAUGAGAUUCACUUUGAACUGUUAUUCCUUGUAUAUAACAUCACUGCUGACCGUUUCAAGUGAUUCUGUCAGUUGAAGUGGAACCUUCCUAUUCCAAGCGAAAUCAAACAAACCAUUUGAUAUUAUGGCUAGAAAUAUAUUUGCAUUGAUUGUAAUUUUGUAAUCGCAACAAUUUUUUUCACAUCUAAUGCUUAGGUCAAGAUAUUUUUUCACUGAUAUUAUGAUUUUGAUUUUUCAAAGAUAUUACAGUAUUUAUGUUGAAGAUACUAUUUAUAACAAUUGAUAUUUUUCAUCUUUAUGGACUUGUUUGUUUCAUUAAAAUCACAUGAAUAGAAAACUUUGAAAACUACUGAAGCUAAAGAUGUGUUGUCCUAGCUGUGGUGAGUACUUGCUCCCAGCCAGCUGAUUCGAAUCCCUUUAUUAAUUGAGUUUGCAUCACUAAUUGAGUAGACCGAGUUAUGCGUAGACCGCAACUUGAAUCAGCUGAUUUAUCAACUUCGUGUCAGCAGACUGACCAAUACCUGUACCCAAUGUACAAACUACAACGCAACUUUUUUAUAGUAUUACUUGUAGUUUUGCUGUACGAUAUUAAUUUGAAACUUCAACGUGAACAGUAUUUUACAAGUAAUGAAUAUUAUAAAACAAAAGUAAAUCUAUUGUAAUGGAAUUUGAACAAUUUUGAAAAUAUAUUUCCUGAAUAUUUAUAAGAAUCGGCAUUGGAAUGAUAGUUAAGAACUAACUUCUUUUUUUUAUGACAAAAGAAAUACUUAUUGAAAUUCUAUUUCAAAUUAUUCUCAUUGAUUGUUUUUCAACCUCAAAGACGUAUUUCUCUCGUCACAAAUCAGAUUUUGCGCGAUCUCGAUCGACAGCUUCCAAACACGCAGCAUUGAGUGGUUCAGUGCAUCACUCAUUUUUGCAUCCACUUUUAUAUCGUAACUUUGAGUAAGCCUACCCAUUUUUGAGAGAAAAUGCUCGUUUUAUUGUUAAUUAACUUCAAGUUUGAUUAUCCAUUUUCCUUUGAUAGCAAAAAUGCAGCUAUAGCAACACAUAUUUCAUGUGAGAAUCCGUUUACUAAUUGAAAUUGCAUCAUUGAUUGAGUCCCUUUCCUAUAAAGCUGUAUAGCAAUUAAAUAUCAAAUAAAUUUGCUUGAUUCUAAAACAUACCCAGUUCUUUGUUACUCCAAAAAUCUAUCAUUUCAAGCUAUUGAAAUUUACAACUAAUUUAUAAUGACGCAGCAGUCGAAGCUAUACCUAAUCUCUGAUCAGAUACGUUGUCGUUCGCGUCGUGAAAUGUAACUGAAUCAGAUCAAUUCACUUGUUGAAAGUUAUGAACUUUUGAAUGACUUCCCCACGGUUGGGAACCACCGGAUACGUUCAUCUUCCAUGAUAAUCCAAUCCGUCAUCCACGCACUAGUCCAAGGCUUAUUUGGACAUUCUCACCAAUAAAAAAUCCGUUUUGAUGAGUUUUAAAUAGUGAAGUACCACUUCAAUAAGCCUAUUCCAAUCUUCCAUCAUAAUGAUUAUUGAUUUUCUUUUCUGUACAUCUGAUUUUGUAUCAUGAUAGAAAGGAAAAUUAGUUUGUCAAACAACACUAUUAAUUCUUAUUCCUGACCAUCAUAUCAGCUGAUUAUAAGUGUCAAACAAUGCUAUUAAUUAUUUCUAGAAUAGAACAUGUUUUCACUUACCACAAUAAUACAAUUUCAUUGUUUGUUCGUGUUGAUCUAUCUAAUCACAAGUUACUUUCAUUGAUUUGCAAAAAAAUCACAAGACCUUUAAGUAAUUUUCCAUAAUGUGUAUUUCUGAAAAGUAAAUAGUACCAAACACAUCUUUCAUUAUUGAUUCUUAUGAACAUCAGGAAAUAUAUUUUUCCCCACUAUAUUCCAAAAGGAAUGUAAUCAAUACCAGAGUAUAUAGUUACAAACAAUAUUUUUUCUAAAUUGAUUAACAAAGAUAAAAGUUAUACAUUUGGAAUCGUAAUUUUAAACGCAAUAAAAUAAUUUGUAACAUCGACUAUUUUUCGUUUUCUUUCUGGAUGGCGAAAUACUUAUCGAUAUUCUAUUUUAAAUUAUGACAAUUGAAGUUCACUGAACAUUUUAUAAAUCAGCCACUCUUUAGAAAAUUGUAUGCUUCUUAUGAGCCUGUCGCCAGGGACGCCGAAUUAAAUGGAAUAGAUACUAUUUAGCAUAUGCAUUUCAAUAGUAUUCCAAUCUAUUAGUAAGAAUAAACAGAGAGGGUUUUUGUUCUGUGUCAUAAUAUCUUGGAAGAUGUUUAAAAGAUUUUACAUAUUGAUAUUUAGAACAUUUUAAAUACAUUAAUGAAAUUAUAGGCUAUAUAUUACAAAUUCAAGGUGAUCUUGAUUUAACUGGCAAAUAAUAACGAUUGAUUCAAUUAAUGAAAUAAUUUGCUGACGAUUCUGGCUGGCCCACCAAUAACUAAUUAUAUAUAGCAGCUUAUUGAUUUAUUGUAAUUAUUGAAGACUCACUUGGUUGAAGUUGUUAUUAGUUUUCUUAUUUUUCAGUUACUGUACACUAUUAUUCUGUUAUUAUUUCUAUGUACUGUCAGAGAGGUCGAAAUUAUUAAUUUUUGUGAUUGAAAACAAAUUGAAAGUACACCUCAAAAAUUGUUCUGUUAUGUGUAAAUUUUGGAAACGAAUCAUUUCAUGUCGAUACUCAUUUUCUAAUAAAUACCUUAUGCUUCAGCUAUUUAAAAUAAUAUCUUGUAAAUAAAAUCAUUUUGUUGAAGUUUCUUGAAGAACAACAAAAUAUAAGUAUAUUUAGCUACGGCAAUGCUUUUUCAAUUGAAAUUUGAAUUUGAUAUUUUUAAACUUUUGAAAAAAGGUCGAUAUUGCUGGUCAAUUUAAGAUAAUGAAAACAAAUUGAAGGUAUUACAAAAUUCUGAUAACAAUCCAUAUCUGUACACAUUUUCAGUGUAUAAAUUCUGUAGAAAACAAUAAUUCAUUUAAAUACUAAUGUUUCUAGUACGUAAAUUCUAUCUAAUUGAAGUACACUAUUGUAUAUAAGAACCUUUUUAUACAGUUUCCUGAAGUCCAUUUCCAUUUAUCACUGUGUCUUGUCUUGAAUCUAGUUGAUUGUUUAAUAGCAAUUAUUUCUGGCGUAGCUGAAAUUUGUAUUUGUUUCCAUUAUUUUCCCCCAAAAUUAAACUUUUCAUGUUAGUGAUAAGUCUUACUCGUCAUAAAAUGAUGAUAAGUGACUCUCUUCAUAUAUUACCUGAACAAAAUCAUAAUUCAUAAUUUCAUGAUUAUGUUUAUGUAUUCCCUCAACCAAACGUGGAAAACUGUUUACAAACAUUCCACUGUGAUAAAAAUGAUUAUUCCAUUUGUAUAAAAAUAUAGAAUUCUACCUUAUCUCUUCGAACCUUACACCUUCAAAGAUAAUAAUCAAUUUGAUCAUUAUUAUAUUGAAUAGCCUAUAAUUAUAAACUUUAAAUUUAGGCUACUUCUAAAAAAGGCACUUGAUUUUAUAACGUUUUAUGGUCACCUAAAUCUUGAUUCAAAAUAAAAAUUCUAUUCUUUCAUUAAUGCUGAAAUAAUUCAUUAUAUCAUUUAGUCCAGUUUAAUAUUUUGACGCUUUCACCUGAAGUAUAAAACGGAAAACCGUUUGAAAAUUCAAUUUUUUAUCAAACGUUCAUGUAAUAACCUUCAGUGCAUCAGGUUACAAGAUUACGGAGUCUAUGUUAUGGAGCGUCAAGUAAAGUACAUUGAAAUUCUUGUUAUCUGUAUACAAUAGAAAUAUUUUUUAGUAUUCUUUCAACUCCAUUGAAUUUUAUGUUUAGUUUCUUGUAAAAAUUUGGUAAAUCUGCUUCCUACUUCUACUUUUACUUCGCUUUUAUUCACCAUAUUCUAGAUUAUAGUGUAGCCUAUGUUGUAAGUUUAGGGGUUUCAAGUCCACACUUCAUAAGAAGCCUCUAUCAUAUAUUAAUAACAAGAUUAUAGUAAUCCUUGACAGGAUAUAGUGAACAACUUGAAGCAAUCUUAUUUUGUCUGUAUUAUUAGCUGUUGUACUACUUGCUCACUAUUGUAUUGUAUUCCUACGUUUCAAUGUCUCUGUCCGUUUGAAAAUAGUUAUUUGACUUUAAAGUUCUAAUAAGAAUCAUUUGAAUUUUAUUGGCAAAUUUACCAUUGAAUUGUAACGUUGAUGAAAUAAUGUAGUUGAUCAUUAAUAUUAUUCAGUGUUUGAACCUCCACGAAAAUGUCUUUAUCAUAAUGAUGAAUAAUGUGGUGAUCUAGUGAUGAUGUAUUAAAAUUUACAAGUGGAUGAAAAUAAUUUGUAUCAAAAUAA